UAGGAAGCUAGGAAUCCCCAGCGUCGUUUGCGUACACAGACAAAUAACAUGGCAGAACCUUCUGAAAAAGCAUAUUUAAACUUUCAAAAUAUACUUCGAAUAGUCUAAAUAUUCAACUCGUUUCCAAGGAUUACGAGGUAUUUUUUUGUGCUUUGCAGCCGAUAUAAACCCCAUGGUUAUGGAAUUAUGGCACGAGCUCCUGGGCACUUCUGCGCCGUCCCGUGUCUGCAUUCUGGCCUUGACAGUAUUCGUGGCCGUCUAUUAUCUAAUGCACACAUUUCGCAAACACCAGGAUUUCUCCAAUAUUCCUCCUGGUCCUAAACCAUGGCCAAUAGUUGGAAAUUUCGGCGGGUUUCUGGUUCCCAAUUUCAUCUGGAGGAGGUUUGGAGGCUGGGGAGGGAAGGACGUCCCAAAGUCAAAGACACGAGCUCUAAUUUCGCCUCAAGUUAUUAUCACGGAACAAGCUAAGGUUUACGGUAACAUAUACAGUAUGUGGGUAGGGAGUCAGCUGGUGGUAGUACUGAACGGAUAUGAAGUGGUCAGGGAUGCCCUCUCAAACCGGGCAGAUGUGUUCUCCGACAGACCAGAGAUUCCCACCGUUACCAUCAUGACAAAGCGGAAAGGCAUCGUUUUUGCACCUUAUGGACCAGUAUGGAGAAGGCAGCGCAAGUUCUGCCACACCACGCUGCGGAACUUUGGCCUGGGCAAGUUGAGCCUGGAGCCCUGUAUCCUUGAGGGGCUGGCUGUGGUCAAAUCUGAGCUGCUGCGUCUCAGCGAGGAAGAUACUGAGGGUUCAGGAGUGGACCUGACCCCUCUGAUAACUAACUCUGUGUCCAACGUAAUCUCCUACAUCGCCCUGGGCCAGCGCUUCCACCACACUGACCUGGAGUUUGGCGCCCUGCUGGACCUGAUGGCCCGCGGCCUAGAGAUCAUCGCCAACAGCGCGGCGGUCCUCAUCAAUGUCUUCCCCCUGCUCUACUACCUACCCUUCGGUGUCUUCAGAGAGGUACGGCAAGUGGAAAGGGACAUCACUGCCUUCCUGAAGCAGAUCAUCACCAGACACAGAGAGACGUUAGACCCAGCCAACCCCAGAGAUCUCAUAGACAUGUACCUGGUAGAGAUGCUGGCCCAGGAGGCCGCUGGGGAGACGGACAGUAGCUUCUCAGAGGACUAUCUAUUCUACAUCAUAGGAGACCUCUUCAUCGCUGGUACUGAUACCACCACCAACACAGUGCUGUGGAUGAUGCUCUACAUGGUCGUAUAUCCAGAUAUCCAAGAGAGGGUGCAGGCGGAGAUCGAUGCAGUGGUGGGCCCAGACAGGGUCCCGUCUCUCACUGAUAAAGGCAGCCUGCCGUUCACGGAGGCCACCAUCAUGGAGGUGCAGAGGAUGACUGUGGUGGUCCCCCUGGCCAUCCCUCACAUGGCCUCAGAGACCACAGAGUUCCGUGGCUAUACGAUCCCUAAGGGCACAGUGAUCAUCCCCAACCUGUGGUCUGUCCAUAGGGAUCCCACUGUGUGGGAGGAGCCAGACGACUUCAACCCCUCUCGUUUCCUAGACGACCAGGGGAAUCUCCUGAGGAAAGAGUGCUUCAUACCGUUCGGAAUAGGACGCAGGGUGUGUAUGGGCGAGCAGCUGGCUAAGAUGGAGUUGUUCCUGAUGUUCACCAGCCUGCUGCAGGCCUUCAGUUUCAGACUGCCCGAGGGUCUGGCCCCUCCUCCCAUGCACGGGCGCUUUGGCCUCACCCUGGCCCCCUGCUCAUACACUGUGACUGUGAGGCCCCGGCGGUGAGGCCACCAGACGAACAACAACCGCUGACACUGUAAUUAAGCCAUAAGGCACAAGAGGAAGUGGUGUAUCAUGAAUACAGUCACAGGUAAACGCGUUAGUUGGCCCGAUGCGACAGCAUCAGCCAGUCAACACAUUUGUCUGUGACUGUAUUCAUGAUACUGCCUCGUGCCUUAUUGCUUUUAUAAAACUGUUACUAAAAUAACAAUUAAUUACAUAUUUUAAUUAAAACAGUAUUUUGAUAAGUCAUGCUAUUUAAUUCUUCCACCAGAAGAUGGUGGAAUCAGGUUUUUAGUAAUUUCUGUCAUGUUGCUACCGAUGCCACCCAGUCUUCAUUUUUUUUUGCAUAGUUGCUAUGCAAAGGUACCGGGAGUUCAUUCUAAACAAAAUGGCUGCAAUGCAGGGGGACCAUGUCUGUUCCAAGAACCCUAUGUUCCCAGGGCCUAAUGUUCCCAGGGCCCCAUGUUCCCAGGGCCCCAUGUUCCCAGGGCCCCAUGUUCCUAGGGCCUAAUGUUCCUAGGGCCUAAUGUUCCCAGGGCCCCAUGUUCCCAGGGCCCUAUGUUCCCAGGGCCUAAUGUACCCAGGGCCUAAUGUUCCCUCACCCAUUUUUUUCCUUCAGCUCUAUCUUCUAAACAAGGCAACAAUAAAUAUUAAAGACAAAAACCUUCUGUCAUGUAAUAAAAUAUUUUACAUAGCUUAUAUUUUUCAUACCCUUUGUAUUUUGGUGCAUUAAUCCACUGUUACUGAUGGCCAGUAUUCUGUUACAUGUUUUUGAAAUAUGUAUUUCAAUUACUUGAGUAUUUUGUCAUUUGUAUUUCACUGGACUGAAAUAAGUUUAAAAAUCUAAAAUUAUUUUGAAUAUCUAUUGCA